CGCAUCCAUCUCUGCAUCGCCUGCCGCAACGCCGAGAAGAGCGAAGCCGCGCGGGACCUCAUCCUGGCCGCCCACCCCGCCGCCCAGGUCUCUACAGUGGAAGUGGACCUGGGCAACCUGGCAUCUGUCCUGCGUGCCGCCCGGGAGCUCCGCUGCAGGUUUCAGCGCCUGGACUUUGUCUACCUCAACGCUGGGAUCAUGCCCAACCCACACGUGAACUUCAAGGCGCUCUGGCACGGUCUCCUCACCGGGAAGGUGCUUCACAUGCUGACUACUGCAGAAGGCAUAAUGACCCAGACGGACAGGCUUAACGGAGACGGACUGCAGGAGGUGUUUGCUACCAACCUCUUUGGACACUUUGUCCUGGUUCGUCAACUUGAGUCUCUACUCUGUGGUAAUGAAAAGCCCUCGCGACUCAUCUGGACCUCUUCCAGCAAUGCCAGGGAGUCUGCCUUCAGCCUUUCUGACUAUCAGCAUGCCAAGGGGCAGGAAUCAUACAGUUCCUCCAAAUAUGCUACUGACCUGACAAGUGUGGUUCUGAACAGGAAAUUUAAUGAGCAGGGUUUGUAUUCCAGUGUUGUUUGUCCUGGUCUUGUUAUGAGUAACAUGACCUACAGAAUUUUGCCAGUUUUUCUGUGGAAGCUGCUAAUGCCCAUCAUGUGGUUGAUCCGUUUUUUUGCCAAAACUUAUACUCUGACACCGUAUAAUGGAGCGGAAGCUCAUGUGUGGCUGUUCAAGCAGAAGCCAGAGCACCUGGAUGCCCUUGUCAAAUACCACAGCUGUAUUUCUGGACUGGGGAAGAGCUAUGUGGAGCCCAGAAAGAUGUGUGUGGAUGAAGAAACUGCUGAGAAAUUUUACCAAAAGCUGUUGGAACUGGAGAAGGAGAUUCUAGAAAGAUAUAGUGAUCUCUUAAGUUAAGCCAGUCUCA